CCGUUAACAGGUCCAAAUGCUGUUUCAGCAUCUUGUGCACAAUAUAAACCAUGAGCAGCUACAAUUAUACUCCAAGCUAAAUGAAUCGCCCCUAAGGGUACAUUUCUUUUAUGAUAAUUUUGUGAGUUUUAUUAAAAGAGACCGACCUCAUUAAAGGCAUGAAGUGUCGCUUGGUUCCACCUUUGAUGCUAGAGCAUGAAUGUCUCUCGUAAGCCAACAUAGUCGAAAGUUAGGGGACGUUGAAGUGAUACUUUUAUUAAAUAACUGAAAAUAGAAGCCUUCCAUUUGUGCUCCUAUUUUUGCAUCAUCUACUUUCUAGAUAUCUUCCCGGUGCAUGUUGCAUAGUGAUGACAAGUGGGCUCUGUUCUCUUUGUUCAGUCCCACUUCUGCUCAGGCACCUCGAUCGUAGCGUGCAAUUCUCUGUCGUGCAUCCUUCUGCCCCUUCGAUUGCGCGUUUGCAACUCUGACCAAUCCAACCACAAUCGAGUGGCACGCUUACACCAUGUCUGAUUCCGAUGAACCUAUCGAUCAUAUUGAUGAAGAGGGCGAUGACCUCUUUGGCGACGACGAUGGCGAUGCCCAAGUGUCGGCUCCCAGGCAGCGCGUUCUCGAGGACGACGACCUGGCUUCUGACCCCGACGAAGAUAGAGACGCAGGCGACUAUGGGAGAUACGAUGGUGACGCGCCACAGGAAACACACGAUAGGGUUGUAAUGGGCGUUACGGCAUAUCGACAUCGCAUUCCGAAGCCCAAGGACGGUGCGCUUCGUGUGAUGCGCGUACCCAAGUUCUUCAAAAUCAUGCCCCAGGAAUAUGUCGCUGAUAGUUUCGAACCGACCGAGUUUGAUAUCGACAAUGCGAAGGCGGAAAACCCAGCCCACGUUGCCCGUGUUCGUCGCGAUGCAACAACGGGUGACUUAAAAAGCAAUACGAAUAUAUACAGAUGGAGUGAUGGGUCUGUAACAAUUUCAAUUGGUGGUGAGCAGUACGAGAUACAGAAGAAAGCUCUGGCUCCAGGCUCGGGGCAAGACUACGAUGAACUCAAAGACGGACACUACUACGCCGCAGCCGCCGAGUUGACAAGUAACCUGUUAUUGACAGUUGGCCAUGUCACGGAACAGUUUACUGUUCGGCCUAACAAAGCUGUUGGCGAUGAUGCACUGAGUGUCUUGGCGCAGCGCAUGGCUCAGGCCAGCAAGCAGGUCAAGGAGGAGGACAUGAUUAUCCGCACCACAGAAGACCCCGAGUUGCAGAAAAAGCGUGCAGAAGCGGCAGAGAAGGAACGCGCAACUGCACAAAGACGGCGCGAGAAUGCCGCGGCCAAAAUGGAUGGCCUUGGUCGUUACAGAAGUGGCGGCCUCUCCAUUGGUGAUCUGGAAGGCGGUCGUCGCGCUGGGGGCCCUCGCAAGAGGGGCCUGCCUGGCACUAAGCCAAAGAGAAGACGACCUGAAUAUGACUCGGAUGACGAUCUACCACAAGGCGUCGGCCGCCAAGAGGAGUACGAUAAGGACGAUGGAUUCCUGGUUGAUAGUGAUGAUGAAGAGUUUGAGAGUGGAGCGGACGAUGACGAUGAAGAGAUGCUUGACGACGAAAGACCUUCUAAGUCAAAGAGGCGACGAACUCCAGAAUCUGGGGGAGACGAAGACAUGGAUGAUCACGUUGAGACGUCAGGAAGGUCCAGGCGCCGCAAUGUAGUGGACGACGAAGAUGAGGAGGAUUAAUCAAGCUAAUCAGAACGAUACUAAUAUUCUAUUAAAACAUGCAGUGUAAUAAUAUAUAAAGAAGCAGUUUUUUUU